AUGAUAAGCAGCUUUAAUCCAAUAUCUUAAAAUGUAGAUAACACCAUGCUUAAUGGUAAAUUGAUUGCAAAAUAAAUUAGUAUUAAGUAAAAAGUUAAUUCGAUUAAUUAAUCUGAAAACACUGAACAAACACACCAAAUUGCUUCAUAAAAUAUCCAAAAAUGUGAAACAAAUACUUUUGAAAAGUAGGAUGGUUAAAGCUAAAAGUAAGUAUAAAAGAAAAAAUUUGAAAAUAAUGAAGAUAAACUGUCUUCUAUUUAGCAAAAGAAUAUGCGAAUUUUUAAUUCCUCGAUGAAAAUUAAGAUCAAUGAUAAUAAACAAUAAAAUAAACAAGUUGGUAAUGAUCUAAAUAAAAUGUAUGGUAAAAGUGACUUCUUGCAACCAAAGGAAGUAAGAUAAUAAGGAAAUUUAUUGUAGGUUUAAUAACUAAGCUAAAGUAUGGAGAUUUCUGAGAAUGCAGAUCAAAUUAUAAUGAUGAAAAGCCUAAAUGAAGAAGACUUUAAGAUUAGUGCUUAAAAUCCUUAAAUUAGAGAUAAAUCAAUUAAGCUAAUUAGAAGUCAAAGCAAAAGAAUCAAUUUAGACACUACAUAAUAACCUGCGGAAGAUAGUAACUUAAAUUAUUUUAUUAAUAGCGAACUUGCUUCGUCAAUAGUAAUUUCUCCUAAAAAAAGUAAAAUUAUUCCUUUCCAAAAUGAUCACUUGUCUAACUAAAUGAAUAAUAACAAUUUGAGCUAAAAGAUUGACGAUUUUAAUAUUUCAUGGAAUUGCUCUUAAAAAUAAUAAAAAAAGAAAGUAUAAAAAAAUGUAAUUUAAAACAAUUCAAUAGCGAAGACAAAUGCAUUUGGAAAUAGUAUGAUAAAAUAAAAUACCAAUAACAUUAACUUAAAUAUGAACGAAUAUGCUGAUGAUGAUGAAGAAGAAGAAUAAUAAGAUAUAGUAAUGUAGUCAUUUAAUACGUAAAAUCAUGCAUAGAAUAAACCGAAAACAAUAAAUAUUUAGUUAAAAGAUCUCCGCUUUUUUUAGAAGUCGAAAAAUAUUAUUGUUGUAGAUCUGCAAAACCCCACAAAAUUAGAGCAAUUAAAAAAAUCAAAAAAUAUGCAAGAAUGGUUUAUGAAGAGGAAAAGUUAAGAAUUAAAUUAGUUUUAAAGUUAUGCAAUUUAGAAUAAUAAGGAUAUAAAUAUUGAUGAUAUUAAUAAAAAAAAUAUUUACACUAUUGAUGAAAAACAAGAAACAGAAGAAAUGGUUUGCAAAAUUUGCUUUGAAGGAGAAAAUAAAGAUGGAUAAUCAAAUAAUAAAAAGUCUCCUUUAAUUUCUCCUUGCCUUUGUUAAGGUUCUAUGAAAUACAUCCAUCAAGAAUGCUUAAAAGAAUGGAUAAUAUCUAAGCUAUGCUAAGAAUUUAAUUCUUAUGUAUAACUGUAAGCUGAUUUGUCUAAAACAUAAUGCGAAAUUUGCAAGUAUAAUUACAGGAUGGAAAUUUAAUUAGGAGAUAGAUUUCUUCCUUCGUAGGCAGUAAAAAAGGGCAUGAAGCCACUUUACUUAUCUCUUGUAACUUUCUUAAUCUCAUGCAUGCUUUUCUAUUUAGCUGCUCAUUUCACAACUUAGUCUGUUUAAGGAGAUACUGAUAGUAUGGAAACAGGCUAUUCUUUAGGCAUAGGAGUCUGUUCAGCAAUAGUUGGGUGCAUUUUUAUAUUUAUAUCUAUCAUUUGUCUAAGAGAGUGUUUAUAUGUUAAGAAAAUAGUAAAUUGGAUAAUUUUUAACUCUGAAAGGCAAAAAAAGAUAGAUUCUAUUCAAACUUAAAUAAUUAAUAAAACUUUUAAUGGAUUUAGAUUAAACUAAAUAUAAACAACUUAAUAAGAAAAUAUGGAAAAUUAAGGAUAAGUCCUAAACUAAUCUAAUAAUUUAAACUAAAUAAAUAUUGAUCAAAGCCAAAUAAAUAACACAAAUAAUAAAUUUUCUCAUUCUUUAGUUAUGGAAAAUAACCAAAGCUAUUAAGAAUAAGAAUCUUAAAAUUUAAGUCCGUCUAGAUAUUCACCUACUCAAAUUAACAAUAUAACUAACAUCUAAAGAUAUUAAAAUGGUGAAAAUUACAAUUUACCAUAUUGA